AAUUCUUGGUUUUUUUUUCAGAGACCUCCACAUCUAAUAAUUCAAGUGUCGGAGCAUUACACAGGCCGUGUCACAUGGCGCGAUGAUAGUUAUUACUACCCAAAGAUUAAGGCUAAAUUUGAAGAAUUCAGACUAUGGGAUAGGGUGAGGGAAUCCCCUUUCAAACAGAUUUUCGAGAGAGAGACUUUACAAUUUUCAGGAGCAUUGAUUCAUCACUUGAUGCUGCACAAAAUCAAAUCUGACAAGCCGGACGAGGUACAUUUUUAUGUGGGAAGGAAGAGAUGUAGAUUUGGUAGGGUGGAGUUUGACUUGGUGACCGGGUUAAACUUGUUGCCCGGACCUAUAGAGAAAGACAUCAAAGAGAAAGGAAGUUCGGACCGAUUGAUUAUGGAAUAUUUCAACGGUAAUCCUUCCAUCAGCUUUGGCCAAAUGCGCAGAGUUUUUGAGAGCUGCAUAGAAGUUGAUGAUGUCUACAAGUUGGGGAUGGCCUUGUUUGUUAUGGGCGUCCUCACUGGUAAGGAGGAGAAGAUUGUCGUUCCUCCUUUUGUCAUAAGAAUGGUUGACAACCUUCCAUUCUUCUACGAGUACCCGUGGGGAAAGAUUUUGUACACCAAGCUGAUGGAAACUUGUAAUAAAGACUACGUGGAUGUGAAGAAUAAGAUGCUGAAAAAGAUUAAAAAGGGAGUUACACAGAAGGAGUCAAAAUACUCAUCUUACGGCUAUACUGCAGCGUUGCAGUAUUGGGCAUACGAGGUCAUCGUGGAGCUGGGCAAUGAGUAUGCAGUGAAGAAGUCGCAUCGCUUUCCGAGAAUGGUGAGCUGGGAGAGUAAGCCGAAAACGACACUCGGGAAGGACGAAGUGAUAAGAUUAUUUGCUAGAAAUGUAAGUUUCUUACACUUUAUGUUUAAUUCAUGUUAAUUUCCACAUAUUAUAUUAAUAUAUUUGUUUUAUUUUUCAGUUGACAGUUUACUCUAUGUUAUGUCCCCGAGCGAAUGAGAUUGAGUUUGUGAGUUACAUCACUGGGGGUCAGCCGCCUUUAUUUGUUGACUUGGAGGAACUUGUGUUGGGUGAGGAUGGGCAACCAACACAAGAUGCUUUGCGAAGCCAGGCCGAAAAGCUUGCCUCGACAUUUGAAGAACGAGCGGAUGCAGCCCGAAUAUUUAAAGACUCUACACCACCUCCACCGUCUCCACCAUGUGCACCGUCUUCAGUACCAGAUGAGUCUGGUGUUGACCCAUCUGCAGCAUCACAGGAUCCUCUUCUUCGCCCGUUAGCUUCUAUUCCCAGCACCUCAAAGGCUCGCGAUCCAGUAUACCCUGCCAUUUUGGCAAGGUUGGAGACUGUGGAGAGGGGGCUUGCUUUGAGGGAAGGGCAGACCGCUCUGCUAAGAGGACAAACAACGAUUAUGGAUCAGUUGAAGACCAUAAUGAGACUUCUGCAAGAUCCUGGAAGGUCGACACUAUAUUCACAGUCAUAGCCACAGCCACAGCCACAGCCAUAGCCAUAGCCACAACCAGAAGAAGAGGCUCAGUCACCGGAAAAUGAAAUCAUUCUCCCAAAUGAUUAUAGACAGGAUGAUGAUGACAUGUUCUGUACACCUGAGAACACGAAUAUCACCAGCAUCGGGGAUACUCAGGAUUCUAAGGUACAGGUGUUAGAGACAUCUCCAGAACUAGUGGAGAAUCGGAGGAAGAGAAAGCAGCCUAGGUGGUUCGAUGAGUACACUGAAAUGAAAAAGAAGUCCAGGGCAUCGAAGACACUUGUGAAUGCGGACCCACUUAGAGUGGUUGAUCGGAAGCUGCUCAAGACUUUUCACAGUUGGGUACUCGGCCAGAUUGGGAACAAGUGCCCGAGAGAGUGCUUCUCCGGUAGACACGAUUCAGCUUGGUUCCUCGAACAAGAUACUCCGAAGACAUGGCUUGGAGACGAUGUAAGUUUUUAAGAUUUUUUUACUUCUUUGGUUUUUAAAGACUUUAUCUAACUUUUUUUAUUUAAUCUCUGACAUAUUUAAUUUUCAUGUUUUAGCAUUUAGAUGCGGCAUUUCAUUUGAUGAGGAGGCGACAACACUUUUAUCCAGAGGUGUACCCAAAUAGAUGUGUCAUCAUGCCGUGUAUUUUCCCAUCAGGAGUUAUUGGUUGGUGGGAAGCUGCGGGUAGGGGUGUGCAGAAAGUCAUCCAAUCCAAUUCCAACCGACCGAUCCAAUCCCAACCGAUCCAAUAGAAUCGGAUAUCCAAUCAUAAUUGGAUCGGAUCGGAUGCAAAUUUUAAAAAUCCAAUUGGAUCGGAUCGGAUAUUGGAUGAGACAUCCGAUCCAAUGGAUAACCGAUCCAAUCCAAUCCAAUAUCAUCCAAUGUCCAUCCAAUCAUAUUUAAUAUUUAUAAUUUUAUAUAUUUAAUUAUUUUAUUUAAUAUUUUAUAUAUUAUUUUAUUAUUUAUUAGGUUUUAAAUUAUAUUUUUUCAUAUAUAUAUUUUUUUAACGAAAUUAGCCUAAAUAGUGGUUAAAAUGGAUUGGAUUUAUCCAUGGGAUUCAUUGGAUGGAUCCAAUCCAAUCUAAUAAAAACCAGUUAAAGCAUCCAAUGGAUGGAACCGAUCCAAUCCAAUACAUCCAUUGGAUCGGAUCGGAUCGGAUGACUCAAUUCAAUUGGAUUGGAUCGGAUGGAAAAAUCCAAUAUCCAAUAAAUAAUUGGAUUGGAUCGGAUGGGUCCAAAUCCAUUGGAUGUGAUCCAAUGAACACCCCUAGCUGCGGGUGAUGACCAUACUAGCUUUUAGUGGGAUGAGGGCAUAUUGGAUUUGAUUCGAGGGGAUAAAGGUCAAUACUUGGACAGUUGGAAGAAUAAGGAGAAAUAUAUAUGGCCUUCUUCUUCGAUAGUGCAAGGCAUUGGGUGACACUAGAGGUAGAUCUGGAUCAUUGGUUGUUGAACAUAUUUGACUCGAGCCUCGGAUCGAUUUCCCCGAAUGAAUUGAAGAGUCACUUGGUAAAGUGGGAAAAGAUACUACCCACUUUGAUGCUGCAGGCUAGCCUAUUCGAGAGUCAUGACAUGAUCCUCUUGCCUCAACUGACCGCCUCAGAGAGCAGGUUAGAAGUUUUACUUCAAAAGUCAUCGACCGGAGCAUUGUUCGACAGACGGAAUCAAGCGGUGACUGCGAGAUGUAUGUGAUAGAGCACAUCGAGCAUAGUAUGCUAGAGGCUACGUUUAAUAAUGUGAACGAUGACAAUAUGAAGAAAUUUAGAGAGCGGUGGUGUGUGGAUUUGUUUGACCAGAAUUUAGCAUGAACAAUUAUGUUUUUUUUAAUUGGUAUUUAUUAAGAUAACAAUGUAACUAGUUUCUUUUAUUGGCAUGUUUAUGUUCUUUUAUUAGUUCAUAACAAUUUUAGGCCUUUCUUUCAUGCAACAAAUUAUAAUAAUUAUGUAAACAUAAAAUAUCACAAAUUCUAAUGUUUAAAGUAGUCCAACAUGAAUUCAAUAACAAUACAUAAUAGUCCAAGACAUCAAAAUACAAAUAAACUAAAAAUUCAUUUUUAACCUCGGUAGGUGCAAGUGCUUCUGUUGUGCCCCUUGGCACCGCACUUGCCACAAUUUCGUGGUUUGAUAAUCCUUUCACCUUUACAAGCAGUUCGGUUGUUCUUAAUUCUUCCAACCUUUUGCUUCUUGGGUCGCCCUACUGGUUGCUUCUCAACAGGCACUCCAACUGUCAUGUUCUUUAUGUCAUCAGGCAAUUCCCAGUCAUCCUCGUCACCAACCAGCAUGAUUGUACCUUCAUAUGUCCUCCAAUAUUCUGUUGUGUAAUAUGGCAAGCAUAGUGCGU